GGUCGAACAAGAUACCAAUGGAGGAUACGAAGGUCCCGUUUCUUCCUGGUACGGAUGAGUCGCCACUCGCCGGCGUCUCCGACUACCGCGGCCGCCCGGUGUACCGCAGCACAUCUGGCGGCUGGCGCUCGGCCCUCUUCGUCGUCGUGCUGGAGGUCGCUAGCGGUUUCGCCUUCUACGGCGUGCAGGCCAACCUCAUCAUGUUCCUAACAGGGCCUUUAGGCCAUUCUAACGCCGCGGCGGCAAUGGCCGUGAACGCCUGGGUUGGGACGGCCAGCAUCAUGCCACUGCUAGGAGCCUUCGUAGCCGACUCCUGGCUGGGGCGCUACCGAUCCAUCAUACUCGCCUUCACGCUCUACGUCCUGGGGUAUGGCAUGAUGACUCUAGCAUCCAUGCUCCCCGUCCAAGGAAUCGACGGUUCCUCUUCCCAUCCUUGUUCAUUACAAGUGGCCUUGUUCUACACCUCUCUCUACCUCAUAGCCCUCGCGCAAGGCGCGGACUAUCCAUGUGCCCUGGCCUUCGCUGCGGAUCAGUUCGACGCGAACGACCCUCGGGAGCAUGCUGCACGCAGCUCCUUCUUCAAUUGGUGGUACUUUUGCUUAGCCGUUGGUACCACCAUGGCUCUCGGUGGAGUUGGAUAUAUCCAGGAGUCCUUUGGUUGGGCAAUUGGAUACGGUAUGUUAUGCACCACGGUGCUCUGCGCCGCCAUUGUGUUCCUCAUUGGAACCUCUACCUACCGCCUAUACACGCCCACCUCUGGCGCCAACAACCCCGUCAUGCUCCUUGCUCGGAGCAUUGUGUCAUGGCUUGUCAAGGAAACCCGACAGGAGGAAGAAGCGGCUGCUAUAGCCAAGGAGGUAGAGGAGGCGCACAGCAUGCUGCACCUGUUGUCUAUCUGGGCGGCGUGCCUAUCCUAUGGUAUGGUGUUUGCGCAAAUCAUGACGCUGUUCAACAAGCAAGGUCGCACCCUAGACCGUCACAUCAUUGGCUGCCUAGAGUUGCCGUCUGCCGCCCUGCUGCUGUUUGGCCCGGCAACAAUCCUUGUGUUUGUUCCUUUCUAUGACAGGGUGUUGGUGCCAUUGCUUCGCUCCAUGACGGCCAAUCCAUCGGGGUUGACGUUGCUGCAACGCUUGGGAUCAGGCAUAGCUAUGUCGCUUGCGGCGGUGUCAACAGCGGCACUUGUGGAGUCUCGGCGGUUAAAGGUGGCCCGCGAGCAUGGUCUAGUGGAUGUUGCCGGUGCCACUGUGCCAAUGAGCUGGAUGUGGCUGCUGCCGCAGCAUGUGAUGAUGGCGACGGCAAGCGUGUUCGCCGAAGUCGGGAUGCAGGAGUUCUUCUACGACCAGAUGCCACACGAGCAGCGCAGCUUGGGCCUGGCGCUCUACUACAGCGUCUUGGGCAUCGGCAACUUCAUCAGCGUCUUCCUCAUCUCCCUCAUUGACCGCAUCACCAGGAGCGCCGGCGGGGAUAGCUGGUUCGCGGACAACCUUAAUCGUGCUCACCUUGACUACUUCUACUGCUUGCUCGCUGGCCUUAACGCUGUCGGCUUUGCCCUCUUCCUCUGGCGCGCAAGCUCCUAUGCCUACAACAACAACAACAAGAUGCUUUGCUGACGUCACAUGCUUCAUGGAUUCGUCGAAUAAAUUUCCUGGUUAUUUAGUGUAUUGAGUUACAGCCAUACUCAUCAAAUAACUAGGAAAUUUAUUUAUGUUC